UUUAUUGAAAUGGGGAAAAUUUUAAUAACUUUCUGCAUUCUCUUCUUUGCCUAUGUGUUGGCAGGAGAUGUUGAUUUGGAAAAGAAACUUCAGGAGGAUGAAAUUAACCACAAUGAAUGCCUUGCCUCGGUCCCAAUUUUGGGAGAAUAUGGACUAAAAAAACCUGAAGAUACGGGCAAUAAUGCAACUUUUUGAUUCGAGCACUCUCCUAACACAUGUUGUAAUAAGACGGAUACUGAGUUUAUCAGGAAGAAAAUGAGCAAGCUUAGAGUAGAUAGUUCUAACAUAUCCAAUAAAUGUGCUGAAAUCUCUACCAUGAAUUUCUGAUCUUUAUGUGAUAGAGGCGUAAGCACUGGCAUCAUUCAAGGUUUAUGUCCUCAUCAAUGUUCAGAAUGGUAUGAAGCUUGUAAAGAUGACUUCUUUGCUGGUGGAAUGGAAAUAAAAGACCAUGGAGUUGAGGAAAACUCAUUUUGUUCAAAAUUUUCACCUACUUGUACAAAAGUAAAACACAUCUAUGAAAAUCCAACUGACUUCUGUACUCAAAUGGGCUUCACAGUUAACUUCAAAAAUGACAGAUGCUAUGAUGGAAUUUCUUGGGUUGAGAAGAAAGAAAAGGCUAAAAAGCCUGAGGAUGAAGAACUGUGUAAGAGAAUCUUCAAGUUCAUCAAGCAUUUGUUCAUAAGGGCCAUAACAAAUAGGAAAUUUAAGUAUACCAAAAAAUUCUAAGACAACUCUCUACAACA